UCCAAUUUUCCCCAACUUCCCCGCGAAAAAACAGAGCUUUGGCGCCCAUGGCCCCCACGCUUCCCGCCAAGAGGCGCAGGGCACCCUCGCCUGCUCCGCCCCCGCCCCCGUCGCCGGAGCGCAAGACGAGGAUGACGCCGCCCUCGCCCAAGGCCAAGGGAGCCAAAGCGAAGCCGACGCCGUCGGCUAAGGCCCCAACACUUCUCGCCAAGAUCCGCAAGGCGCCGUCGCCGGAGCGCAAGAGGAGGAAAACGAAGCCGUCGACCGAUGCCAAGGGAGCGGAGGCGGAGCCGAAGCGCCAGAAGCCUAUGCCGUUCCAGCGCACCUGGCCUCCCAAUGACGAGGUCCGGAUCCUGGAGGCCCUCGCGGCGCACCGCCGGGACCAUGGCGACCUGCCGGCGACUGCCGUGCUCUUUGCGGCCCUCGAUGGCCGCCUCGACAGGAAGCGCGUCGGCGUGAAGGAGGUCGGCGAGAAACAGCGCAGCCUCAAGCGCCGCUACGAUCGCGACGCCAGGAAGAGGGCGCCGCCAGCAGAUGACCACGAGCAACGCCUCUACCUCCUCUCCAGGGACGUCUGGGGCGGCGUCUCCCCGCCGAAACCACCCAUCGCUCAAGCAAAGAGCGUCAGGGGCAACUCCUCGCCGAAACCAUCCACCGCUCAAGACGAGAGCGCCGGCGAGCAAACCGGCAAGGACGCCGCCCAAGUGAAGAGGGCCGGCGAGCAGACCAGCAAGGACGCGCCGGCGCCCAAGGCCAAGAAUUUGGGCGAGAUGCGCGAGCUCUAUCCUUACCUCGUUCACGAGUCCAUGCUUCUUGUCGAUCCAGCUAUCCUGGAGAGAGUGCUCCCGACCAUUGACGACAACGAGGCACAGGCGCUGAACUCCAAUAUCAAGAAGAUGAGGAAGCAGCUCACCAAGGCCAUCACGGAAUCGGCAAGGAUGAAAAACAUGGAAAUGCCUACAGUAUGUCUGUGUCCAUUCACUAAGCUUCAACCAGAAAAGUUAACAGCGGAAAAUGAGAACUAUCUUUUGUUCAAGCGUUUGGACAAAACAAAUGACAUGGAUAUAUGUGCUGAAAAGCGAUUGGCACGAGUGGAACAUGAAAUAGAGGAACUGAGACAAAUUGUAUUAGCUUCUAAAUCACAAGCAAAGAUUGAAAACAAUCUGCGCCAUGAUAAUUCAGCAUUGAAGGGUAUUAGAUGUGAAUCUGCAGAGAGUGGUCUUCAGUCGAUUGUUGCUGAAAAUCAGAUUCCAUGCAAUAUGCUACAAAAGAAGAUAGAAGCAACAAAUAGCUUGCCCAAUGGAAAGAAUGAGGAAGUUACAUCUAAGUAUUGUUGUGCCCUUCCCCGCAAUGUUCCCUGCAAUAAUGUGAAACUACAAGGGAUGAUAUUGCCACACAAAAAACCAUUUCAUGGUAGGAGAAGGAAGAUUGACGCUAAAAGUCAGACUCCACACAAUACGGAUGGGAAAGAGGUUGUUUUGCUUUCAAUAGUGAGGCCAUACGGUCCAGUAGCCAAGGCUAUUAUUCAAACAAGUUCUCAGUCUACAAUAGUAGGGGGCAUCCGACUUGGAACCCAAUGUUGUAAGGUGUUUGUGACUAAUGUGUUGCAAACAGAAGCUCCACUGUUACGCCAAUAUGGGAACAUGACGAAGAUGUCCCAUGCACUUAAAUGUUCCAUUGCAUGGCCACGUGAACAAAUCCGACAUGAUACCGUUGCUGGCAUGGCAGCACCUGAGCAACCAUCUCAUCAAGGUCAUUGACAUGGCGCCUUUUGCAACUGAGGUGGUGGUUCGUUUGCACAUAAUCGUGGAUGUUAAAUAACUACAAUUUGGUUUUUCUUUAUCCUUAAAUAGGGUAGGCACUUUUGGUAUGAAUGUUCUGAGCGAAAAAUGUUUUGCCACAGCCAGGCGCAACGGUUAGUUUGUUGGUUUUUGUCGUCUCUAGGUGAAAAUGUGUGCUAUUAGACCACCGUUUGUCAAUUGGAGUAACUGAUCUAAUGAUAUGCUGCUAUCUAUAUUGGUGGUGACUGAUAACGUCUUUAACUUGUAUUGUUCCUUUCGUUUUUCUGGAAGUGUGAUUUUUGUAGACAAUGUUUGGUAAGGAUUGUGCCAAUUCAAAGCUGUAU